UGCAGCGAGCCAUUCAUCUGGAGUUUUAUACCGGCACGGUGUGUAAUGAAAGUCCGCCCCGAAGAAAAUUGUUUAAACACAAAGUAAUCAAGUUCACAGUCCCGAAUGUGUGAAUGGAGUUAAAGGUGUAGCCAAAAGAUCACUGAACGUGCACUACUGGUCGCAAACGGGACAAGAUUGCUAGCUAACGUUAGCGUCAAUUCGUUCUUUCACCGGAAAGGAUCACUCAGUGGAAUCUCAGACCUCAGAGGCUGUAGCAUGGCGGUGGUGAGGUGAAGCUGCGCUGGGACCCUCAAUGUCCGCCACCCCCUCUUGGGUGUGUAGAGGCAAGUCAUGGCUCUGCGGGAGUCCCCCUUCUCCAGUGGGUUUGCGGAGGCUCUUCACACUUUGGGCUGGGGGCUGAUUCUGCCCUGCUUCUGGUUCCUAGACCGGCUCAUCGCCGUGUGUGUCUCCACCAGCUUGGAGCGGAGCCACCGGCUGGAGCAGGAGUGCUACCUCCACCCACUGAAGGUCUUCUUUGGGGCCAUCUUUUUCUUCACCCUCUUCCUCGUCUCCGCCCCGAUCGCGUUUCUGGGGUUCUUGCUCUGGGCGCCCCUUCAGGCAACCCGCAGACCCUUUUCCUACCACCAGGAGGCGGUGGUGCACCGCGAAGGAGAGGGCUCCAGCUGGGAGCAGCAGGACGGGAGCAGCAAGGCCACUUUCGGCUUCGUGACGGCCAACCUCUGCCUGCUGCCGGACAGCCUUGCGCGGUUCAACAACCUGGGCCACACGCAGCGGCGGGCCGCGGCCAUCGGGAAGUGCAUUGUGCAGGGCGUGAGCCGCCCGCGUAUCCGCAUCUUCGUGGACUCGCCCAGCAGCUGCGGCACCCUCAGCCCCUCCAGCAGCCUCCUCCCUCCGGCCACGCCCUGCUCCUACGGGGCCACCGAUACGCAGACCCAGCCCCCGGUGGCGGAGCCCCUGGAGGAGGGCAGCGCGGGAGCGGCCGGGGACGGAAGGACUAUUCCCGGGGACGCCGUCAUCGACGUGCAGGGUAACGACACAGAGGAGCUCUCUUGCUCCUCCUCGUCAUCGUCGCAGUCUCCGCCUCCUGCCGUCGUCAACUUCAACCAGAACUCCAACCAGCAGAGCUGCAGGGGGGGGCGCAGACACCCGCCGCGGGCGCUGGGGACCCUGGGCGUGGGCGGGGACGUGCCCUGGGAGGUGUCCACCUUAUUCCCGGCCAACGUGGACAUUGUGUGUCUGGAGGAGGUUUUCGACAAGCGGGCCGCGCUGAGGCUGACGGAGGCCCUGGGCCCUCUGUUCGGGCACAUCCUCUACGACGUGGGCGUGUAUGCCUGCCAGACACCCGGGUGCUGCUCCGCCUUCAAGUUCUUCAACAGCGGCCUGUUUGUGGCCAGCCGCUACCCCCUGCUGGAGGCUCAGUACCACUGCUUCCCCAACGGCCGAGGAGAGGAUGCCCUGGCUGCCAAAGGCCUGCUCUCUGUCAAGGUGCUGGUUGGUCAAAAUCAGAGUCAGAAGAAGGUGGUCGGAUAUUUUAACUGCACGCACCUCCAUGCCCCAGAAGGUGAAGGGGCCAUCAGAUGUGAGCAGCUGAGCAUGCUCAGCAAGUGGAUCGGGGAGUUCCAGGAGAAGAACAAACAGGCCGAUGAAGUGGUGGUGUUCGACGUGCUCUGCGGCGACUUCAACUUUGACAACUGCUCUCCCGAUGAUGCGCUGGAGCAGAAGCAUGCUGUGUUUGAGGAUUAUCGAGACCCCUGCAGAGCAGGUCCUGGCAAAGAGAAGCCCUGGGUCAUCGGCACUCUACUGGAACAGCCAACCCUUUAUGAUGAGGAUGUGAAGACCCCAGAGAGCCUGCAAAAGACUUUGGAGAGGGAGGAACUGCGGAAACGGUACAUUUCGCCCCCUGUCCCUCUGGAUGGGAGCCAUCUGCUGUACCCCGAAUCCGGACAGCCCUGGGUGGGACGCCGCAUUGACUACAUCCUGUACCGGGAGAGCUCCCUCGCCAAACACUGCCACACUGACGUGGAGGAGUUCACCUUCGUGACCCAGCUCGCUGGCCUAACGGACCACAUCCCCGUGGGCCUGAGGCUGACUGUGACACUGGACUGUGAUGGGACCGAACCCUGAGGGCCACAUGUGCCGUUCGCUGCACACAGACGGCUCAGGCGGCUGAUGGAGAAAAGGGAGGACACAGUGCUUUCUUGGCUGUGUAAUCUGACCUCAGGAAAACGGGCUGUCCAGUGAGAGAGCUUGUUGGCAGCAGAAUGGCGGGCCUGCAGGUACUGUAGAUGCACAGUACCUCAACAGAGCUGUUUCUGUGAUUUCGAGGGAUUGACACCUGAAUGACAGAGACUAGAACAAAAAUCAGUGGAAUGACUUACAUGUAAACGUACUCUGGGUCACCUAUAUCCAUACUGUUCCUCUACAGUUACCUUUUAUCCAAAACAAGUGACUUUUACAGACUAAAAAGGGGUUAGCACAUGAUAUGUGCAUGUUUCUUUCCACAACUCAGACACUGAUCACAUGAUCACUUUUCACAGUACUGUUUUGUUUACUUGGGUGUUAUUCCCACACUGCCUA